AUGGCAGAAGAAGAUGAGUCGGGAGAAUCGGAGGACGAUCCAGAAGACGAGCCUGAUGCCGAAGAGAUUCGCGAGCAAGCCAAGAAGAAAGCGCGUCAGGCGAAGAAAGCACCAGCAAAGGCACCGGCACCGGCGGCAGCGAGAAAGCCACCACAGAAGAAGCCGAAGACCAAUGGCAUUACGCUACCAAUUCGCGGCGUGACGAAGGCAGCACCCAAAAAGCGGCCAGCGAAAAGAACGAAAGCAGUCGAUGCGGAAGAGGCCGAGGCGAUGGGCGGUCUAUAUGCUGAGCUAUUUGCGCGAGGGCAGAAUGCGGAUGAAGUCGUGGCAGGGUGGCUUAAGGCAUUCGAGGAGCAUGAAUCCCGCGCGCUGGCCGACUUCAUCAGCUUUGUGCUUCAUGCGGCGGGAUGUAAGAGCAAGGUCACCGAGGAGGAUAUCGAGGAUCCGGACGGCGCGACUGCACGGCUUACCGAACUUCAGGACGAGCAUCAUGCCACGAAUCCUACAGAGUAUCCACUGGCUGGCAAGAGCGCCAAAGCAAUGUCCUUCAAGACAGCCAUUACUGACUUCGUUUUCACUCUGAUCAAGGCCAUCUCUGCAGCGGAUCUGUUCAAGACCAGCCCAGAGCUUCUCGAAAAUAUACAGGUGUGGCUGUCGACGAUGUCGUCAGCGACCGAGCGAUCUUUUCGGCAUACCGCUACUGUGGUCUCACUCAGUCUCAUCACUGCACUUUGUGAGAUCGCUAGGGAGCUGGCGGAGAAAGGAGCCACGAGCCAAAGACAAGCUGAGAUGGAAAAGAAGAAGAAGACUGUCAACAAGGCACGUGUGAAAGAGAUCGAGCAAAAGGUCAGGGACGCGACGGCAGAACAGGAGUAUGCGAACAGCAUGCUGAAGGACUGGUUUGACACGGUCUUCAUUCAUCGAUAUCGGGAUGUUGACCAUCUCAUUCGGCGCGACUGCAUCGAAGCGCUGGGAGACUGGAUAGUGGCUAUGCCAGAAACAUUCUUCGACGGAGCGCAUCUCCGAUACCUCGGAUGGCUGUUGAGCGAUGAGAACGCUCAAACUCGUCAGGAAGCCGUCAAGCAGCUGCGCCGGCUGUAUGCCGAUAGUGACAAGCUUGGCGGUCUAAAGACCUUCACAGAACGCUUUCGCUCACGACUGGUCGAGAUCGGCACCUCGGAUGCUGACGUGGCCGUUCGCGUUACCGGCAUCGAGCUCUUAGGAGCCUUGCGAGAAAACGAUCUACUUGAACCAGAUGACAUUGAUGCCAUCGGUCGACUAGCGUUUCAUGAGGAGCCAAAGGUACGCAAAGCAGUCGCCGGGUUCUUUGCGGCAAAUGUGAAAGACCUCUUCGACUCGAAAGUCGAGGACGUGGGUGGUGCUGAAAUCCUGGAGGAGAGCUUGCCAGCUGUUGGCGAAGGCAACUACGAGGCACCACGUCUUGAGUGGCUUUCUUACAAGUCGCUUGCGGAGACCUUGCGGACAUACGAUGAGCAAGAACCCAGCUCCAGCCAAUUCGAACGUAACAGAGCAGAUGGCACUCUAUUCCUGAACGCCACAGGGACUGAGUCUCGGUUCACUAUUGCUGUGGAAGAGCUCUACGGCAAGAUUGACGCUUUGAAACACUGGCAGUCCUUGGCUGGCUAUCUGCUUUUUGAUCAUUCCUCGAAUCGCUCGAACGGAGUCGGCAACGAUCCCGUGUCGCAGCUGAAGCAUGAAUCUGUUCUCACCGAGGCUGAGGAGCUCAUCCUCUUAGAAGUGCUCAAUGCUACCGUGAAACGCUCGUUUAGCGAUUUGGCUGAAGAGCAUGCCACACACAAGGGCAAGCUUACUAAAAAGCAGAAGGAGGACAUGCAGGAAGAGCUGGAAGAGGCUAUUCGUAAUCUGACCGAGUUGAUCCCAAAGCUGCUCAAGAAGUUUGGCGAUACUCCCAGCACUGCUGCAGCAGUCAUCCGAUUGGAAGGCGUACUUGCCCUGCCUGCACUAAGGAGUCAGCGACAUGAUGCUGCAGUGAACGGCGCUCUUCUCGAUGACCUUCGAAAGCAGUUCAUGUCUCAUGGCUCAGACGAAGUGCUCGGACCGGCCACCGCUGCGAUCCUUCAUGCUCAGUCUUAUGGUGAUCUCGAUGAAAGUGCAUUGGAGAAAGUGUCAAGCCUGUGGGAAGAUGUUGUCAGCAACUUGGCUGAGUUGCUGAACAUCGAGACCCUCACCGUGCGCGGAGCAUCUACCCAGGAAGAACUGGUCGCGCUUAGCAACAACCUGUUACGCAUUGUACGACUUGCGACGGUUUCGAAUUGCAUUGCACCCCUCGAGGAUAGCAAUGUCGCCGCCGAGAACAAAGCCUCUGGCAAAAAGUGGAACGGCGCAAUAGAUUUCAUCAUCGAUCUUAUCGAACGUGCCCAGCAUUCUACAGGCCCAUCGCCAGACCCAGAGGAAGCUGCGCUGGAAGACCUUGUCGCUGCUCGAGCUGCAGAGGCGUCGCUUUUCUACUUUCGCUGGAAGUUCUUGAUCCUUGUCGAUGCCAUCAGAUCUCGCUCCAAAACACAACUUUCAUUCGACAAGCUUGAACCUCUCGCUGAGCGAAGAGACGCGUUCAUGGACCAAAUGGUGAAGGUGCUCGAUGGCCGAAAAGCCAACGAAGAAGUGUGCUUUGUCAUGAGUCGGAGUCUCCUUGACCUGUACAUCUCCGCAGCAGUCCUGCGUACUGAGGAAGUGAAGACAGGUGUCCCAGACGACUUCACCGUAUUAAUCAUGGAGUUGGAACCGGAACAUCAAAGAGCCGUCUUGAAGGUCUUUGGCGCCUUGGAGAAGGACUUUGCCCGCCUCAGCGGCAAGACGCUUGAUAAGCCUGCCCAAGAGGACGAAGAUGUGGAUGUCGACGCUGACCCCAUCGACGAUGAUCCCCUGUCUGAACCCGAUGAUGACGAGGACGAUGCCGAUACCCAAGCUUCACAGCAAGCGCGCGAUGCCAGACUCGCCAAGCCAUUGAUUGCUGAGCAGAAGCUGUGCCAGCUGACCAGCAAAAUCAUUCAUGCCCUUAUUGCCGGUGUCAUUGAGGAUCAAAGUACCCGCAAGAGGUUGGUGCGUAACAAGACCAAGCUGGGCGCUAACUUCAAGGCUGUGCUCGAGUAUCUCAACGCAUCGACUCUGGAGAAGAAGCAGGCCAAGGCGAAGGCCAAAUCUAAAGGCAAUACAAACCCGGCUGCUGCAGCAAAUACGAAGAAGGGCAAAGUCAACCCAAAGAGCAAUGCGAUUGUGGCUGAAGACGAAGUUGAUGACGAGAUCGAGGACGACGAUGACCAUGAAGCAGAGCCGGAAGAGCCAAUGGAUCACGCCAAUGGAUCUCCCGCGGCGGCAGAGGAGGUGGAAAGUGUUGUAGGCGACUAG